UCUCUCCAGAAGAUGAGAACUCUACUGGACUGAACAGAUGUUCCAUAUGAGAGGAAUGAGGAUGUUGAUGACCUGGAAGAUGGCUCAGAUAACUCACAACUUCUGCUGAUGAUGGCCAGACACACACAACUGAAGGACCUGCUUCAUGCUCACCAUCUUAUAGGUGGGUAUGAUGUCCUCCAGACUCGUAAAGGUAAAGGAGUGUGUGUCUCGUUGGCCACUGCAUACGAAGGCGUCUACCUUGAGACAUAUAACCUGGAGAUAGAUCUGGGAUCUAAUCUGAGGAUCUGCCGGCAUAACAUCCCUCCGUUCAUCCCCUUGGAGAGGCUUGUUACGCAGGGCAACAUGCAGACAGACAUCAGGGACUUCCUGGACACCCUCAGCCAGUAUCUCAAUGCCUACGCUGGCCGCAAGCAGCAGCUACACCUCACCAAGGAGAUCCAUAGCUCUGUUCAGGUGGCGGAAAGUAAUGCUCUCUGCACUAUACUGGUGCUGAUGUUCACUAUACCAGGAGAGAAGGCUGAGGCUACACUGUGUACACUGCAGUAUGCUGACCACACACGCCUGCCCACCCGGGUUAACAUAGAGUCUGAAGACACUGCGCUGGUGAGUUCUCCACAAUGGAAGAAGAACCAAGCCCUACUCCUGGGGACUCCAUUACACACAGCCUUGGUGACCAUGAAGAAGAAUGGCAAUAUCGCUUAA